AGCAUUGCUUCUGAUCAGAAGAAGAUCCCGGAAGAGACCAAAUCAGAAGCAGAAGCUAUCUACCACAAGGCCGAGUUAGACUGUUUGGGUGGAGUAGCUUGCAGCUCUAGUGCUGGCAGUCGCUUGGUCGAUCGAUCAAACUGCGUAAGUAGCUAGCGCGGGAGCAAAUCUGUGUGUCUACAUAUAGCUAGGUAUAUAUAGCGAUCGAUAGAUCGAUUGGUCAUGGAGGCACUGAGCGGGCGGGUGGGGGUGAAGUGCGGGCGGUGGAACCCGACGGCGGAGCAGGUGAAGGUCCUGACGGAGCUGUUCCGCACGGGGCUGCGGACGCCGAGCACGGAGCAGAUCCAGCGCAUCUCCACUCACCUCAGCGCGUUCGGCAAGGUGGAGAGCAAGAACGUCUUCUACUGGUUCCAGAACCACAAGGCCCGCGAGCGCCACCACCACAAGAAGCGCCGCCGCGGCGCCUCCUCCCCCGACAGCGGCAGCAACGACGACGACAGCCGCGCCACCGCCCACGAGGCCGACGCGGACCUCGUCCUGCAGCCUCCCGAGAGCAAGCGGGAGGCCAGAAGCUACGGCCACCAUCACCGGCUCUUGACAUGCUACGUGAGGGACGUGGUGGAGACGGAAGCGAUGUGGGAGCGGCCGACGAGGGAGGUGGAAACGCUGGAGCUAUUCCCUCUCAAGUCGUAUGACCUCGAGGUGGACAAGGUCCGGUACGUGAGGGGCGGCGGCGGCGGCGAGCAGUGCAGGGAAAUCUCGUUCUUCGACGUCGCGGCCGGCCGGGAUCCGCCGCUGGAGCUCAGGCUCUGCAGCUUCGGUCUGUAGAUCGACGCGUGCUUACAUGCCACGAUGCAGCUUGCCGCGAUUGUACCUGCAGCUGGACUUAUCGCUGUACGCAACUACGCAUCUGCCUAGUUCUUGGCUCGAUCUAGCUACCCCACAUCAAAAGGAGUACGUACGAGAUGUCGUGAGAUACGGCAUGUGUUGUGGGAAAGACCCUUGUUUGCAUGCAGUAUCUGGGAGGAUCAGGAAAGAGCACGCAGACGAGAUUUCCAUUGCCUUUUCCUUGGUCUUACCAUCAUGCGAUGUACUUCUACUUUUGCUCUUUUCUGCUACAUGGAUAUACUAACAUGGUCACUGCUGAUAUAUGAUAUAUCCAUUAUAAUUAUUCC